GCCUCUUUUUGUCCCUCCGUGCGCACCGUAGAAACAGGAAGCAGAGCAGAAGCUAAGCUAAGCUAAAGCACAAACAACAACAACAACAACAAACCGUCCUGUAAACAAACCACGUGUGUGUCAGGAUGGGCAGCGAACACACACAGUCAACAAGUAACGAGUCCCGCUGCGUGUUCUUCAACACGGACUCUGAGGAUCACCGAUGCGCGGUGAUAUUAACGGUAAAACGGGCCACAGGAACCUUCUCCUUGGGAGGAUGUGUUUUCAUGCUGUUUGUGAUCUGGCUGCUUCGCAGGUAUCACUCUUUGGCUCAGAAAAUGAUCCUGAGCCUGACUGUAGCUGCCUUCUUUGACAGCGUAGCUUAUGUCAUGGGCGAGUCACAUCCAGGGGGAUCGCUUUGCAACUUCCAGGCCUGGUGGCUAACGUACUUUGACUGGAGUGCCUUGGCCUGGGUUUGCCUCAUCACACUGAACCUGUACCUCAACCUGGUCAGAGAAGUAAGCACCAACAGAUAUGAGAUGUUGUACCAUCUGAUGGCGUGGGGGGUGCCUCUGGUCAUGGCCUCUUUGCCACUGCUGAAGGAUUGCUACGGCCCCGCGGGAGCCUGGUGCUGGAUCACAGAAAAGCACGUAGCCUGGAGAUUUGGGAUAUGGUACGUGCCUCUGUUCAGCCUCAUCUUCCUGAUGAUCUGCUGCUACGCCAGGAUCAUCUGCGUGGCCAACGAGAGGAUGCAGUCAUGGCUGGGAACCUUCAACCCAGAGAGAGAGAGACGAAAGGUUUCCUUGGCGGAGGAGAUCAAGCCGCUGAAGUGGUAUCCCUCCGUUUACCUGCUGGUGUCUAUCUUCCCCCUCAUCAACAGGCUCCAUAAUGCCUUCUACCCACAGGAUCCAUCCUUCCCUCUCACCCUGUUGCACGUCCUGUCAGCACCGCUCCACGGCUUGGCCAAUGCAUUCGUCUUCGGCCUGGAUAGAGAUUGGUGGAGCCUCCUGAGCCCAACCGGCAUGCAGCUGGCUCUGCAGUCGCGGCUGUGUGACAGGACCCGGAUCGGAGAGUACCACCCCGGGGCGGUGCGCUACACACAGGCUGACCUGGUCGACCUCAGCGAUGACGACGACGACGACGACACCAACGUGCUCUUCUACUCUCCUGACAUGACCCUGAAAGACAGAGGGCCCUGAGAGAGAGAGAGACAGAGGGACAGACAGACAGACAGAGAGGAGGGAGAGAGAGACACAAAGAGCUGGAGGAAAAGGAGAAGGAAGGAGGGUCGCAGCCAGGGAGAAAUGCAGCGGAUUAGAAACCGAGGAACAAGAGGUAGGGAGGGGAAUGGAAGGGAAGAUUGGGGGGACAGUCAGGCAGAUAGAAGCCGGAGAUGAGCUGUCAGGUUCCAUUAUUAAUCCCCAUCCUUUACUAUUUAAUAUCCUAAAGUCACACACACACACUCACACACACACACACAUAUUGAACAGAGCUGCAGCUCCCUGCCAUACUGCCAUAUGAGGAAGGAGGGAAGAAAGGAGCGGAUCUUUAAAGAUCCUCCUAAUGUUAAAGGCAUCUGCUGCAUCCCAAAGGUCUUAAAACGAUUUCCCUCUCUGCGCCGCCGCCUUCCUUCUUGAUUCCUGCAGUCUGCGGUGUUUUUUUUUUUUUUUUGGCAUACCACAAAAAAUAAAUAAAUGAAAAAGGAGAAUAUAAAAAAAAUAAAUAAAAAAAAAACAAAGUGCAGCUGAAAGGCAAUCAUAACAGGGUGUUAGUUUAGCAUUUGCAGCAAUUACCUUUUCACUUCUCUGCAGGGGAUGAGGUGAAAAGCGGGCCUUUUCUUUUUUUUUUUUUUUUUUUUUGCAAAAGCACCCCGUGUGUUUGACGUGAAAACAUCUCCAUCCGUGCCGAGAUUGAUCUGGGUACUGAACAAUUUUCUCUCUGAAAGGCGGGAGGAGGUGAGUCCCUCCUUCGUCAGACAGUAUUACUCUUUACAGUUUUUGCACCUUUUUUAAAAAGGUUGUUUUUGUAUUUUUAUGCAAUACUAUUGUUUAUUUUACUGUAUUUAUAUCAGAUCAUUGUACUACUGUAUAUAUUUAAGUGUAUAACUCUAUUUUUGUACGUGCCUCGGACUGGAAAACUGCUUCCAAACAUGCUGCUCGCUCUCUCACGUGACAGUCGAGCCCAACCUCGAUUCAAUUCGCAUACGAUGCCUUAUGAUGUAAAAAAAAAAAAAUGUUGUUUUCAGUCAAACAUCACUCCCACACACACACACACACACACACACUUUCUCUAAGGUGCCUGUCAAAACAGGUCGGGGAAAAAAAGAUGACACAUAACACGGCACCCACGGCAACAGCCUCUGAUGGUUCAUCAUCUCAUGGCCGUCGUGGCUGGCGUUGGAAGGGGACUUGGCUGAGGUGUGAUUGGCAGGAUAAUAGAGUCGCUUUAUAUUCAACCCUCAGCCCCCUGUUUUUGGUUUUCCUCCCCUCCACCCAUAUUUAGGCGGCUUCAUCACUGUCGGUGCGAGCCGCCGGCUGUCAGCCAGUUGAACUAAUGAACCGAAGCUUGACCCUUGUUACCCUUGGAGUUGUUGAACUUUUCUGCUGGGCGUCAAUGACACCACGGUGCAACUUUAGUUUGUCGUUCUCACAGUGAGCCCCAUCACCACCACUGUAUCACACACACACACUCACACACACUUGCACUGUGCCCCUACCCUUCUUUUGGCACUGGUGCUGGUUUGACUUGACUGUGCACUCCAUCAAAUAAAUGAGCAGGAGAGACAUUUCAUAACAAAGCUGAGACUGGGCGUGUUUAUUUCAUUUUCACAUUGAUGCAAUCCCUCAUGCCUCCUGUAAAGUGUGUGUGUGUGUGUGUGUGUGCGUGCGUUUAGACCUGGGCUGCUUAAAUAAUGGAUAUUAAUUAUUGGUCGGACCCUGCUGGCCCCUGCCGUGUCUCCAAAUCUGGUUAACUGGAUUUUGAUUAAUGAAAUGCGCGCUGGCAUGUCCUCCAGAAAAGAACCAGACCUCCACACAGGCUCUCCCACAGACGUUUGAAACGCACCUCCUCCAUAUGAAGAGCCCGGGAAAUAAGCGAAUCUCCCUGUCACGCAAGAAGAAUUAUUAUUCUCCCCUCAUAUCGUCGCAUGCGCCGUAAUUGGAUACAAUUUAACACCCGCGGCCCACGGGCAUGUCGGCAGGCGCACUGCCUACUA